GUUUAUAGGUAUAAUCAGUUAAAAUAAUAAGAAUAUUUUAGUUUACUAACUAACACCAAUCAGUGAUGAUGAAUUUUAAUACAAUUGUGUUUUGUGCAUUUUUGUACUGUUUUUUGAACUGCCUCGUGACAGAAGCGCAUAGGGGAGACCAAUGCAAUACACCAAAUGGAGAGACAGCUAUCUGUACGUCCCUUUACAGAUGUCCCCUACUUUUAAAAGCUAUGAGAAACCAAGUACCUUCACAGCUAAAAUUUGUGAGUAAAUCUCAAUGUGGAUAUGAUACUGUUCCCUUAGUAUGUUGUGGCACAAAAGUUGAUUACAGUAGAAAUCAAUCGACCACACGUGUUCCACUACGACGAAUUGCUCAGUUAAGACGAAAACGUGGAAGCACAUGUACUACGCCCAAUGGAGAAUUAGCAACAUGUGCAUCAAUUUAUGACUGUAGUCAUUUUGUGAAAGCAAUAAGAAAUCGCAUUCCAUCACAAUUAAACUUUGUGAAAAAGUCACAAUGCGGUUACGACACGGCACCUUUGGUUUGCUGUGGUUCUGCUAUCGAAUUUUCAACUACUAGAAAUCCACCUUCAGAUCCAGUGGGAAAUUCAAAUCCAGUGGGAAGAGUACUUCCAGCCGCUUUUACUAGAAGUUCAGCUCUUCCUGACAGAAGUACUUGUGGUUUUCAGAAAUCUGAUGAGAACGAAAAUGUAGAAGGACUUAUUUAUGGAGGAGUAGAGACCGAGUUGAAAGAAUUCCCUUGGAUGGCCUUAUUAGGUUACAGAACGAGAUACGGAACAACAAAGUGGGCUUGUGGAGGUACACUAAUUAGUCACAGAUAUAUCUUGACAGCUGCGCAUUGUGUUACAGGCGAGGUUUCAACCUCUGUUGGACAACUUACGUACGUCAAAUUGGGUGAACACGACAAGACUAAAGAAAGAGACUGCGAUAAGAAUGGAAAUUGUAACGAAAAACCUGUAAUUACUGGGAUUGAGAGAGUCAUGUUCCAUGAAAAGUAUGACGCUACUGACAGAACUAGUCCCAAUGACAUUGCUGUUUUACGCCUAAAUCAAAGGAUUACAUAUACAGACUUCAUUAGACCAAUUUGUCUUCCUGAGCCAAACGAAGGCUCCACUAUAGAUGACUAUCUAACAACUGCAGGAUGGGGUUUAACAGAACAUGAUGCAACAAAUGUCAAGCUCAAGGUUGAUCUUCCUUUCCGCACGAGAGACGAUUGCAUGACGGCCUUUAGAUCAGCCAGACUUAGGCUAACUGAGGCCCAAAUAUGCGCUGGAGGAGAAGAUGGAAAGGAUUCUUGUAAAGGUGACAGUGGAGGUCCCUUGAUGAAAAGAUCAAAUGACAAUUAUCUUCAGUGGUACCAAGAGGGAAUUGUUUCAUUUGGAAAUAAUUAUUGUGGUACAGCAGGAUUACCAGGAAUCUACACGAAGGUUUCAAGCUUCUUAUCAUGGAUUCACAGCCGAGUUAAAGAGUAGUGAUUAUAAAGUAUACCAUCUAAUUAAAACAAAUGUAUUCUUAAGAAUGAUUGAGCCUUUAGUAAUGUUUAUCAUUAGGAGCGAACUUUAAAUUAAUGUUUUGUAAAUUUAUUUUUAAUAAAAACUUCAAUCAAAAAAAUACCAAUAUGAA